AUGGAAGCUGAGGCGCCAGCUCUUAAGGGAACCGAGGAAAGGGCAGCGCCCUCACUGGCUCUCCCAGUUACCCGGGAGGAAGUGCAGGCCAAUGGUUGUCAGCAGCCAGCAGGAUCCCUGCUUCCGACUCCCAGGAAGGCCGCCUGUGAAGAAAGCUCAGGCUCUUGUAGUUCGGCCCAGCCUCAGCUGUUUCCCUCAGUGAGCGGUGAUGCAGGCUUGGGCAGAUGGUCUGGUUGUCCCGAUUCCUCAGUCACCGGGGUGCAAAGAUUUCAAGAGGCCCUUAGGGUCCCCUACAGGCUGGCAUUGACCAAUGACCCAGGGAGGGCGGAUCUGAAGCAUAUUGUGAUCGACGGGAGCAACGUCGCCAUGAGCCAUGGUCUGAAACAGUUCCUACUCCACUUAGCGGACAAGACCGGGGGUAUCAUCGUGACGAAUGAUCACCUGAGAGAGUUUGUGACUGAGUCAGAAUCCUGGAGAGAAAUCAUUGCCAAGAGACUGCUUCAGUACACGUUCGUCGGGGACAUCUUUCUGAUUCCCGAUGACCCUCUGGGAAGAAACGGCCCUCGGCUAGAAGACUUUCUUCGAAAGAAGGCCCUUCUCGGAGACAGGCCGCCGCUUCUCAAUGGCCGGCCAGGAGUGGGCCCCUCUGCGCCUGGCCUUCGGAGCCCCCGCAGCCAGGUAGAAAGCACCAGCCACCGGGCUCCAUGCCGGAUCCAGGACGCCUCUUCAAGGCCUUGGCUUCCUAGGCAGCUGGACUCCCCAGGCCUGGAUAGCCUGGCCCCGAUGCAGCAGGAGCGUCCCACGACAGCCCAGCCUUCUGCAGAGACCCUUGAGCUCAGGGGCCUGCUGGCGAGCAUCUUCUCCGACUCAGAGCACACCCUGAAGACUGACCGCGUUCUGGCUGCACAUGCCUACAGGAAAGACCCCAGCACCCUCUCUGCCCUGGUGCUGGUCCCAAGGCUGGCUGACAGUCCACUCGUGAUGGCGGCCCCGAGGAAGAUACCAAGUGGCUGGAACAGGACAGACGGCUCACCAGACCGGACCAUUGGAAAACGCUUAUUUGCGGGGGGACUGUGGGACCGGGACCGAUGA